UAUAGUUAAACAUGUAUAAAAAGCAACGCUUUUUUUUUCAAUUCAAUUCACAUUUUUCUUUAAAAGUAUUUUGACAGUGUAAGCUGUGAUUGACUGUAAGAAUUCAGUCUCCGGACAGGAUUUGGUAGACAAACAUUGACAUGGAAUCAUUGCUGUAUAUUUGUAACUUGGCUAGUUCCUGAUUUCCUGAGAGAUCCCAUUGUAUACAUGUUAGAGUGAUGAUGACACGAUACUGAAGAAUGCUCGCCCAGAAAAAUCAUCGUGACAUAAACUGCUGUAGACUUGUAUCACGUACAUCUGGAUAUAUCAUUGAACAUUGAUGUGAGCAACAAAGGAGACCAUUGAGGACUACAUCCUUUUUUUUUUCGAAAAAAAUGACCAUGGGAUAUUUGUUCGGCGACAAUCAAGGACGACUAAAGCGGUGCUAUUACAUUGUGUAAUGGAGUUUAUUUACUUACCAUUGCGACAGAGUAUUUGUUAUUUCGUUUCCUGACCGAAGACAGAAACAUCUGACGGACACGUACAAACCAGCAUGUCAGAUUAAAGUGAAAAGUAGAUAAACCCCGAUAAACGGUAUACCAUACAUGUUAAAUUCUAUCAUUUUAUCUUCAGGUGGCCACUUCACUGUUGAUUUUAGAAAUGAAUCCAUCCAAAGUCUGCAAGGUGUUGGUACAACUUGGAUUUACAUUCAUCCUUCUGCUGAUCAUCUUUCUUGCUCAGCUGGCUAUUGUCUUGGCACUUGGCAGAAAGGAUAGCACUGGUCAGGAAAUCUGGUACGUCUGCGUUGGCGUCGUGCUUCUUAUACCAGAGCUCGUCCAUAUCAUACAAAUACUAUGGUGUGCCUCCUUCCUGAAUGAUGGGAAAAUGAAACAAUGGCCAUUGUUCCGGGGGAUAUGUAGUGGUAUCAUCCUUAGUAUAAUUGAGGCUAGCUGCAUAUCAAUGCUGACAUACGUUAUCCUGCCCCGGAUGCCGUGCUACAUAAUGUUGCCGAUACUGAACUUCUCACUGCUGCCGGAACUCUCACAGUCAGUCAAGGCGAUUAGAAACAAACAUGUCUACACGUGUAUGGAACCUACAUUGCGGAUAUUUUGCUGCAUGACCAUCUUUGUAGCUGGGAUCGUAUCAAGUAUCUUCCUAUCUACCUCGGACAUACUUCUACCAUACCAAUCCGCCAUGUUGCCAUUCUUACUUAUCGGAGCGUCUAUAAACCUGUAUGAGCCCGCCCUAAAACACAUCCAUGGACACUCGGAUGCUUCAUUUCAUAACACAUCAUUAUUAUACGGAUCGCUGAGGAUGUUAACAUAUCUAUUGUUUUGUUUCAUGUGCUUUAACACUGACACUAUCGGAUCCAUUUCCCUUGAUUUUCGACAGUUAAUUAAGGGCUUUCAAGUAUUUAGUAGUUUAGAAAAUUUACAUAUAUUAAUUGUUGUACAUAUCUCUUUUUCGUUUAUUUCAUUGGCGUCGUACAUGGUCCCAACUAAAUCACCAUUAUCCAAGUUCUGCCCCUGGCUUUUGUCUCCUUUAUUCAUUUCAUUGUUUUUUGUAAUCCUUAUAGAACACGGAAAGGUCAAUUUUGAAAUGUUUGAUUCAUUCCUGAGUUAUAUACCAGUAACCUCUGAUCUAAUAGCUGUGUUUAUUAUGUGUGGUAUUCUUACAUUGCUGCCAAUUUGCUUGAUGAUGAUACCUCAGUGCUUUCGCAAAUUUGAGAAGAAUCCAGGAACUACUAAAGAAGAAAAAACAUUGUAUCGUUACAACUCCGUACUCCUUCUCCAGUUUUUGUUGAUACAACAGAAAAUAUUUAGAAAACAUACUCACGAACAGGAUUCACGCGAUAGGAACAAACCAUCAAGAGUUUAUAUUUGUACUACAAUGUACCAAGAGGCGGAACACGAAAUGGACAGGCUUCUUAGAAGCUUAGAUUGUGUAAUAACAUCACAGAAACUCAAGGAGAAAAAUAUCUACAUAGAAUCUCACAUAUUCCUUGACAAUGGAGCGGAUGGUAAGGAAAUGAAAGACUUUGGGAAACAGUUAUUAUCUUUAGUGGAGGAAAGGAUUGAACUUCGACCCGAGUCUGGUAUACUGCUAUACACACCUUAUGGGAUACAAUUACACUGGGUGUUAGAAUGUGGUACUCCAUUAUUUAUACACCUUAAAGACACACAAAAGGUCAAGGCAAAGAAGCGAUGGAGCCAGGUGAUGUAUUUAGAGUAUGUCCUCAAAUACAGGUCUAAAUGGGGAGGUACACAGACUCCAUACGAAUCAAAAACCAUGUCCUCUAAUCCCUCAUUUGCAUAUGGUUCUACAGGUUCUUUGGAUAGGUUAAAUGACUAUUAUUUGUCCAAUGGUACAGGUAAAGAAAAUUCGACAUAUUCUAGCGGUAACUUUUUGGACAUUCCCGACAUUAUCCUUAAUCAUGCCGGGGACGACACGGACAGCAAUUCGGCUGACAAUUUCACAAUCGACAUGGCAUCAAACGAUGGCAGUUUUUACCCAAGUGAGACUCCGAGUCGAGCCGGAAGUGAUUUGUUUGUGAAGGAAACCCCAUUGGAAAUCCAUACACAGGAUAGUACUAUUUUCUCUGUGUCUCUAUCCAUGUCCAAUACUUCUGGGCCUCAUUUAUCAAAAUCUAUGGACGAUUACAUCCUCAUGACAGACGCCGACAUGUCAUUCGACGAUGACGCAGUCCUUGCAGUUGUGGAUGCUUGUAAAGAGAACCCGGAUGUUGGAGGAGUCUGUGGUAGGACCUAUCCAACUGGACUUUACAGACAUCCAAUUCUCUGGCUUCAAAUGUUUGAAUUUGCCAAAGAUUUCUGGAUGAUAAAGAGUUCUCAGAAUGUGAUUGGAUCCGUGAUGUGCUGUCCCGGAUGUUUCAGUCUGUUUCGAUUCGAAGCCUUAUCUGAUAUUUUCUCAACAUACGCCAGUCCCACCGAGACAGUGAUGGAUGUGUUCACAAAGGAUAAUGGUGAAGAUCGGUGGAUGUGUACGCUUAUGAUGUUGAAAGGCUGGAAACUUAGAUAUAUACAGACCGGGCGAAACAGCACGUUUUGUCCCGAGACAACUUUAGAGUUUAUGAAGCAAAGAAGACGGUGGCUACUGUCGGACUACACAAACGCUUUACUAGUUAUCCAAAACAUCGCCAAUCUGAUGACCCUCAACUCAGCAUUCUCUUUAACCUACGUUCUGUACGUUGUACAACUUUUCAUCAUCAUGGUGUUGUAUCCUGGAGCUACCGUCAUGAUGUUGUCACUCGGCCUUGAAUUAGGCUCAGGGAUACCUCUUUUCGCCAUAACUCCAACAUUUUACCUGUUGAUUGUUGGGUACAGCAUUGUGCUGGUCAAAGACAUACCUGCUUCAGUACAAUUGGUGAUAUCCAAAGUACUCAUAAUAGUGUUAGGACUGGGGACGUUGUUUGUAUUUGGUUCAACGUCUGUAAUCAUCGUUCAAGCACUGAUUCAAGAUUACCAAGUACAAACGAUCCGGCACAUCGAGUAUAUUCUGAUACUGUCCCUAGCGGCCACCUACCCCUUGGCAGCAUUACUUCACCCGUCUGAACUGCCGAUGCUGUUGUACGGCCUGCCUUACAUGUUCUUUCUCCCACUGCUCAACAUAAUUCUACCAGUGUAUGCCUUGUGUAACAUUGUCGAUCAGUCCUGGGGAACUCGAGAUAACCAAUUGGCAAAAGUACCGAAGUUCUUAAGUCUACCGAAAUUGAAAAAGAGAAAAAAGAAGAAGAAAGCGAAAUCACUACCGUCGCCUAAAGGGUCCUACACAAGUUUGAACAGUUCUGUACUGGAUCUUCAAAACUUCAAUGAGGACGAAGUUUCGUUUUGGGAGAAAGUUGUCAAUAAUGUUAUUGGAGUAAACGUUAAAGGAGGUAUGACGUCAGAGGAAAGGACAAAUGGGCUGCGUACAACUAGAAAGAAAGUAGUGAUUUGGUUUCUCUCUAUCAACGCCGUAUGGGUUAUCGUACUGUGCGCGUGUUAUGGACUUUUGCUUCAACUCAUGGACAAUAAGACGAUUUUCAGUGUUGUCAUGAUUUCGUCCCUAGGUCUCACACCACUGAUACAAGUGACUGGAAUGAUUGUCGACAGAAGCUUGGUUCUGUUCAGACUAAUCAGUAAAUAUUUGUAAUAGAUUUCUGUCAGGAAUUAUCACCGCGUAACUAGAGGUGAUUACAGACAUGGAAUUAAAGUCGAAUCUCGUUAUCUCGAAGUAAGUUGGCCAUAACAAAACUUGAGAUAGCCCGAUCAUUCCAUGUCACCGAUAAUAUUUUGUAUGUCGUUUUAACUGUCAGACCUGAAUUUUACUUCGAGUUAAGCAGAGUCUUCGAGUUACCAGAGUUCGCGAUAACGAAACAUGAAGGACUAUUUUAUUUGCCUUAUUUAUUUUUCCUUUUGAGUAUAUGAUUUAUGUUUUAUAAAUAAACAAUGCUAUGACUAAAUAGAGGUGUCGUUGUCCUUUGGAAUUUUGAUAUUGUAUCUUUAUACACACACGUUUUGUAUUGAUUAUCAAAAUGAACUUAUCAAGUACUCCAUAUUUGUGUUACAGAUCGAGAUAAGGUCAAAGUUAUCCCUUAUGAUGAUAACUAAAUACACGGUU